UUUGGAAUCAAAUAGCCGACAAACGAUACUUAAAAUCCGUCUAGAGAGGAGCUACAACUUGGUUGAAGCGUCUAAUGUAACUACUGAACGAAACGGAAGUAACUUGCCAGCUGUCUGGCUAAGCUCGCGAGUGUCUGAAUGCCAACUCUGUGGGCGAUGGAGUUGAGCAGGCAACUCUGUGGGAAGAUGAGGAGGUCCAGUAAGAGGGCCCAACUCUCCUGUUCUCCUACUUCUACUUGGGGCCUGGAAAUCCACUUUUACACACCGGAGGUGCACCAGCUAGAGUACUUGAAAGGCUGCUACACCGCGUUGGAGCUCUGUGUGGAUGCUGCCAAGAAAUGCUCAAUCUCUCCCUUGUGCCAUAACCUAUUUGCCCUCUACGAUGACACAACUGGCAUGUGGUACCCCCCCAACUAUGAGUUCAAUAUCACAGAUGAAACCAGUGUCAAGUUGCACUAUCGCAUGAGGUUUUAUUUCAGAAACUGGCAUGGAACCACUGAAGGAGAGUCUCCAGUUUGGAGACACUGCAUCAGUAAACUCAAAGGAGGAUUUAGCCCACAGAAAACACCAGAAGGAACUCCCCUACUGGAUGCUGCCUCUCUCGACUACCUGUUUGCCCAGGGCCAGCAUGACUUUCAGACAGGCGUGGUUCCACUGAGGAUGUCCCACUCAGAGGCUGAGCAACACGAGAUAGAAAACGAAUGUUUGGGCAUGGCUGUGCUUGCUAUCACUCACUAUACCAUGGGUAUGCCCAUACCCAUUGCUUCCCAUGAAAUCAGCUACAAACGUUUCAUCCCAGAGUCGCUGAACCGCAACAUUAAGCAGCGCAACUUCCUGACGCGCAUCCGCAUCAACAAUGUCUUUAAGAAAUUCCUCAGUGAGUUCAACCGCCGCACAAUGAAGGACAGCAACAUCACGCUGUACGACCUGAAGAUCAAGUACCUGGCCACACUGGAGGGCCUGACCAGCGGCCUGGGCAGCGAGCUGCAUGAGCCCAUCUCGCUCAGUGUAACGCAGGAAGGAGAUGUCUGCAAUGGAGGUUACUAUGGGCACAUCAACCAGAGCCAAGGACAGAGCAAGAGUGAGAACAUGGAGACUAAUCGUGACAUGGAGGUCCUGGUUACUGGUACCACUGGCAUUUCCUGGAGGAAGAAGCCCUCUACAACACCCGUGAUCGCCAAAGAAAAGGGCAAGUCGAAGAAGAACAAGUUGGAUGGAAAACAGAAAAAUAACAAAAAGACAGAGGCGAACGACAGCUGGGUCGUGUUCUGUGACUUCCAUGAGAUCACACACACUGUCAUCAAAGAGGCGACGGUCACCAUCUACAGACAGGACAACAAGAGGAUGGAGUUGCACAUGGCUUCUAGGGGUGAGGCUCUGUCCUUUGCAGCCCUUGUGGAUGGUUACUUCAGGCUGACAGUGGAUGCCCACCACUUUCUGUGCAAGGAGGUGGCCCCUGCUUCAGUGGUGCACAACAUCAACAACGGCUGCCACGGACCCAUCUGCACGGAGUAUGCCAUCCACAAGCUGCGUCAGGAGGGCAACAAGGAGGGUACCUACAUACUGCGCUGGAGCUGCACUGACUACCAGUACAUCAUCAUUACUGUGGUCUGCAAUGAGAUGGACCUGAGGGAGUCACGUUCUGUGUGCCAGUAUAAGAACUUCCAGAUUGAAGUGUCCUCAGAAGGGUUCCGCCUGUACGGCACUGAAACGUUUCGGGCCACUCUCGUUGAGCUGCUGGAACACCUGGAGGGCCAAAGCCUUCGCACCGACAACCUCCAGUUCCAGCUGCUGCGCUGCUGCCCUCCACAGCCCAGAGAGAUUUCUAACCUGCUGGUGGUCACUAAAGAAAGAGCACCGACCCCUCAGACUCCCAUGCAGGAGAGUCAGCUCAGCUUCCAUCGCAUUCUCAAGGAGGAGAUUGAACAGGAAGAGCACCUGGGACGGGGAACAAGAACCAACAUCUACUCAGGCACCCUGAGGGUGAAGAGUGAGGAGGAUGAGGAUGCAGGUUACUCAUCCUUCCAGGAGGUCAAGGUGGUCCUUAAGGUGCUGGGUUCUGGACACAGGGACAUCUCCCUGGCCUUCUUCGAAACAGCCAGCAUGAUGCGACAAGUGUCCCAUAAACACAUAGUGCUGCUGUAUGGAGUGUGUGUCCGCCACCAGGAGAAUAUCAUGGUUGAGGAGUUUGUCCAGCUAGGGCCCCUGGACUUGUUUAUGAGGAGACAGCAGAGCCCACUCGGCACACCAUGGAAGUUCCAAGUGGCCAAGCAGCUGGCCUCAGCUCUGAGCUACUUGGAGGACAAAAAGCUGGUCCAUGGCUUUGUGUGUGCUAAAAACAUCCUGCUGGCCAGAGAUGGACGGGGCACCAAUGAAGGAGGCCCCUUCAUCAAGCUCAGCGAUCCAGGAAUACCAAUCACAGUACUCACCAGAGAGGAGUGUGUGGAUCGUAUCCCAUGGAUCGCUCCAGAGUGUGUGAAGAGCACGUCCUCCCUGAGUGUCGCAGCUGACAAGUGGGGCUUUGGUACGACUCUGUGGGAGAUCUGCUAUGAUGGAGAGGUCCCCCUCAAAGACAAGAAACUCACAGAGAGGGAGAGGUUUUAUGAAACCGAAUGCCAACUGGCCACCCCAGACUACAAGGAGCUUGCAGAACUGAUGACCCACUGCAUGAACUACGACCCCAAGAAGAGACCUUUCUUCAGGGCAAUCGUCAGAGACAUAGACAUGCUAGAGGAAAAGAACCCAUCUAUCAAACCCCAGCCUACACCAGAGGUGGACCCAACUAUGUUUGAAAAGAGAUUCCUGAAGAAGAUCAGAGAUCUGGGAGAGGGUCACUUUGGUAAGGUGGAGCUGUGUCGCUAUGACCCGCGGGGAGAUAAAACAGGGGAGCUGGUGGCAGUGAAGUCCCUAAAGCCGGAGAACCGGGAGGAGCAGAGCAACAACCUCUCGAGUGAGAUCGACAUCCUGAAGGCACUCUACCAUGAAAACAUUGUCAAGUACAAAGGCAUCUGCCAAGAGGAAGGGGGUCAGGCCAUUAAGCUGAUCAUGGAGUACCUUCCACUGGGCAGUUUAAAGGAGUAUCUACCCAGAAACAAAAGCAAGACCAGCCUCAGCACCCUGCUCAGCUACUCCAUCCAGAUAUGCAAGGGAAUGGACUAUCUGGGAUCUCGAAAUUACAUCCACCGGGACCUGGCUGCCCGAAAUGUGUUGGUGGAAAACGAGAGGACGGUGAAGAUCGGCGAUUUCGGCCUCACCAAGAGCAUCAAGGACAACGAGGGAUAUUACACUGUCAAAGAUGAAAACGACAGCCCUGUUUUCUGGUAUGCUCCAGAGUGUCUGACUCACUGCAAGUUCUACCUUGCUUCAGACGUUUGGUCCUUUGGGGUGACGAUGUACGAACUCAUCACCUACUGCGACUCCUCCAAGAGCCCGAUGACGCUUUUCCUCAGUAUGAUUGGUCGAACUCAAGGUCAGAUGACUAUCAUCCGAUUGGUGAAGGUGUUGUCAGAAGGGAAGAGGUUGCCACGUCCCGAAGGCUGUCCUGAGCACGUGUACGAGCUGAUGCGCCGGUGCUGGGAGAACACGCCCGAGAGGAGAAUCACCUUCAAGCGGCUGGUGGAGGAGCUGACCGCCAUGCAGCAACAGCAACAACCACAAAACAACCUUUAAACCUCCUCAAACUGUUUAAAGCUCUGGGAGUGAAGCUGACUUUUGCGUGCAGACUCGGGACCGGAUUUUAACAGCAAAACUGACCUGAGGUCAGCAUCUGCUUGUGCAUCUUUAUUGUACUAAGAGACGGUCCUAAAGGAUCAGAGCUUCACACAACGCCAUAUAAACUUUCCACAACCAAGAAAAGACUUUCAAUCCUAUCAAUCAUUUUAGUCUGCAAUAUUUUUAUUUCUCAUAUUUGUUAUCCUAUUCCGAGUUAUGAGUGUUUUGAAUGAAACAAGUAAAUCCUAUGAACUAUUGUAGCCUAAGCCUGAUAUCUUAAAAAGGACUUCCAAGUGUAUCUAAGGGCUUUAAUUGUCUACAUUGCCAGAAAUGUCAAACUCACGUGGUUUCACCGCUCUUACGUGUGCCAGAGGCCUCUAGAAUCACUUGGACUGAUAUCACUCUCACUGAUGGACGCUUGAACGAUGAAGAUCGAGCAUCGAAAGGCCACGCCCACUUUCACACAGUCAAACGAUUGUGUGGUGGUCUUCUUUGUGACAGACACCGAUUGGAUCACUGAUUAAUCAUGUUGAGAAUUGCUCCGAUGGAUGGACACAGGCAUUACCACACAUACUGAAGAUGUGGUUUUUCAAUGUUUUCGCCGCUGCUGUUUGUCUAAUGGAGUCCUGUUUGGGUGUAUUUCUUCUUCUACUCAGAGCGCCAUGGAGUGAUGGAUAAAAUAUUUUCUGUGCAGAUGCAGUCCCUAAGAACUGGCUUUAAAUUAGAGCCACCAAUCAGUCAGCAAUGUUCCUUUUCACUGUGUUGUUGUCAUUAAGUACUUAUUUUAUUUCUAGCUAAAAUGCCCAAAAAUAUAUUGAUUCUAGCUUUUAGUUUUAGACUGUCGGAUUAAACGGACAAUUUAAGACAUAUUUUAGGUUUAGGAAACUGGGACGGGCACUUUUCACCAUUUUCAGACAUUUUAUAGACCAAGUUAUUGAGAAAAGAAUCCACAGAUCAGCCUUCAUUGUUUAAAUGUGUAACAAAUGCCCAACCAGACACACGAAGGGCUGCAUCUGCACAGGAACAGAACAUCUUUUUCUUUUAAAGGUUAUGGCUCUCUAAUCAAUCUUCCAUUUGGUUUCAUCUUCAAAUAACCAGGAUUUACAUGUUUUGCUCUGAUUGUUUAAGGUGGUCCAGUUUAUAAUCUCUAAUCAAGCUUGGUUCUUUAAAUGUAACAAAUCGGUUAAGUUAAUUGAGUGAGAUAAAGGUAAGUACCUGCGAGAGACACUUGAGGGCAGUAGCACUUAACUUUUCUUUCCUCUCUGUAUUUGCAGCUUUCCACAAAUACUUACCCUUACUAUACAGGAUGGUGUACACAAAAAAGGAGACAAUUUCCAUAGUUGCUGAUUGUAUAUGGAACACACAGUUUAAAGUUAGAAUAAGUACUGAUUGUUCACAUGGCAUUUUAUGAUUUUAUGUUAUUACAGUUAAAACUAUUUUUAGUGACAUUCAUAAAAAUUAUGUAUGUGCAUUUUACUUGUUUACUUUUAAUUUUCCAAUAUGACAAUGACAGAACAUUUAUACCAGUGUAUUUUAUCGGAGUAUGUGAAAUGGUUUGAGCAGAGGUUUUUUUCUGUUUUAAAUCCAUCAGUAGAUAUGCGCAGCAAAAUGUCGCUCUGUCAUCAUGACUAUGGUCAGUUCUUCAUUUAACUGUAUGGCUUGUAACUGUGAAUGUCAAAAAAAAAAAAAGACUGUCAAGAAGACAAAGUUGCGCUUUAGUCCACAUUUUAUUUAGGAAUGUAAAAGACAAUUCCUUCUGCUCAAAAUAAGAGAAAAGAAAUGUAUAUAUUUUUCAAAAAAUAAGAUGAAAGUAUGAAUUAUGGAAGGUAACUAUGAAAAAAUAAAUAAAAUCAAUGUUUGUCGUG